CCCUGAGGGCGGGGCUUUACUCCGAGCUCAGUGUAGAGAAUGGAUUUGUUGUGAAAGGUGCUGAACUCGGGCUGAGAAGAUAACACACAUACACACACACCCGGACAGACACACACACAUACACACACACCCGGAAUUUAAUCCUUAGAGCUAAAGUUUCGAGCCAAAAUGGCGGACGACGCUGACAUGAGAAACGAGCUGACCAACCUGCAGGAGCGAGCGGACCAGCUGGCAGAUGAAAGCCUUCAGAGUCAUACCCGGCGUAUGCUGCAGCUGGUGGAGGAGAGUAAAGAUGCAGGUAUCAGGACUCUGGUUAUGCUGGAUGAACAGGGAGAGCAACUGGAGCGUAUUGAGGAGGGAAUGGAUCAGAUCAACAAGGACAUGAAGGAAGCAGAGAAGAACCUGACGGACCUGGGAAACCUGUGUGGACUCUGCCCCUGUCCCUGUAACAAACUGAAAGAGCGAGGACAGAACUGGGGGAAUAAUCAGGAUGGGGUUGUUUCCAGCCAACCUGCUCGUGUGGUGGAUGAACGUGAACAGAUGGCCAUCAGUGGAGGAUUUAUUCGCAGGGUAGCGAAUGAUGAACGGGAGAAUGAGAUGGACGAGAAUCUGGAGCAGGUUGGCAGCAUCAUUGGGAAUCUGCGUCACAUGGCUCUGGACAUGGGCAAUGAGAUCGACACUCAGAACCGCCAGAUCGACAGGAUCAUGGACAUGGCUGAUUCCAACAAAACAAGGAUCGACGAAGCCAACCAGCGCGCCACAAAAAUGCUGGGAAGCGGCUAAACAUCUGCAGAAACUACUGCUGAUUCUUCUGUCCCACAUCCUGUCUGUUUCCUCUUCUAUGUAGUCACCUGAUAACACACAUAUGUAUUCACACACGUGCAACCAUGCACACACACAUACACACAAGCACACAUACGUGUACACACACAUUCAGACAUAUCAUAGUUCUAUAUUGUAGAGUAUCCUGAGUGCUUCAUGAUUAGUUUAAAUGACCCUUUUUUUUAUCUGCUGCUAUCAGGAACAUAUUCAGAACAAACCUUCUGACCCCAAAUCAGGUGUCUGCAAAAUCAGGUGUCUGCAAAAUCAGGUGUCUGCAAAAUCAGGUGUCUCCAUUAGUCUUUGGUCAAAACACACCUGGUGUGAACAAGCACAGUUUUAGAGUGAAUGUAUAGUGUAUAGUCUACAGUAAGUUACAGAUUUUAACCUGCUCUGUGUUUCAACUCGAUAUAUAUAUUGUGUGUGUGUGUGUGUGUGUGUAUAUAUAUAUAUAUAUAUAUACACAUACAUAUGUAAAAAAAAUAAUUAAUAAUCAUUAAUAAAUUAAUAAAUAUAUAUAUAUAAAUUCAUUUAAAUCUUUUCUGAAUAAGCCAUAACAGCACAUCUUGUGUUUCAUCUUUCACACUUUAUAUACACACACACAUACUGAAAAUGUAUUAAUCUGCAAUAUUACAUAUAUCAUAUCACUAAAUAGAUUACAGUUGUGUAGUUUGUGUCUCCAGCUUUUUAUGUAAAUGUUGAAUUUGCACCCAAAAAAAUCUGAUGUUGAAAGAAAUCCGAGUGUUUGGGAUAAAUUAUGACUGUGUGUGUGUGUGUGUGUGUGUGUGUGUGUGUGUGUGUGUGUGUGUGUGUGUGUGUGUGUGUAUGUGCGCUUUGAUGAUGUCAUCAUGUCCUGUUCAUAGUGUUCGGUGUGUCCCUGAGCUCAGCAACUGAUUCAGAUGUUCAGGUGUCGAAGUCUGAUUGUGAGAUUUCCGUCUAAAUGCGUUGAUGUGCUUCAACAUGAUGAUGUUUCUGAUCUCAAACAUUCAUUUCCUGCAAACUUCACUGCAGUGUCACAGUCGCUGAGGAGAAAAAGCCAAUAAAAUACACCAGUUCUGAACCCCGUGUUUA